AUGGAACGGCAAACCUCAUCGCCCCAAAUGACACCGACAAGUAACCGGAAAUCAACACAGGGGCCCCGCUACGCCUCCUCGGCAACGAGUGCCCAAUGGGAAAUUAUUCAUGAUGUGAAGUCGACUCCCGUCGAGCAAAACAAGAUUCGGGUGUUCACCUUGAGAACGAAAACACAUACGAGCGACAUGGAAACCCCGGGACCGCACAGGACAACUGACUAUGCGACCCUCAAUCUGCCACGAAGAGAGGGCAUUGGCGAAUAG